UUUGGACAUGGUGCUUCUGGUUUCCAGUGAAGCUUGUUAUUUUGCACACAUCAACAAAGAAUCAGAAGUCUCACACUCAAGACGGAUUGCUCUUUCGGAGGUGAACAAAAUAGAAAUCGAAUGCCUCCAGGCUGUAGCAGAUACAGUUCGAAAUGCCAAACAAGAGGCCACGGGGGCAAACUUACCAAUCCAUGCUGAGAAGAGGCAGUGUAGUCGUUUCAUGACAGGCAUAUGGAACCUGCUGCGACUUUUCCUGCAGUUGCUCGUGACCACCAUCAAGACAUGCCGACUGCGAAGCAGAAAGGUCGACACGUCUGCCGGCGACCUGGUGGAAGAAUCGUCCAAUGCCCCGGAGACGCCCGAGCUGCGCGGAGACAUUCCGUUAAUCAUUGAACCGCAGGAACUCGACGCUCUCCACCCGGCUGACCAGGAGGUCGGCCAUGGGCGGGUCACCUCCAUGAGAGACAGCAUGGCAACCUUGCAGGUUUCUCAUGACACGGACACUGAAGGGCCAUCGGGUUCGUCGUGGCUGACGGAGGGAAAUUACGAAUUAAUUUCAUUAAAAAGUACGUCCUCUGCUUCCACCUUAUGGACCACCUCCUCGUUUUCCUCCGAUCAAGAUUCCAGCGAGGACGAAUUAAGCCAAACUCGCAACUCGCCUGACGUGUGCCAACUGCGGGAGACGACCUGGCUCGGGGUCCCUUCCGCCCACCGGGCUUUCCUCGUUGAGGGGCGUGAGCAGCCUUCGCAACAACAACCCGCCCUCCUCUCCGUGCCCGGACCACAGGGUACUCAGGGUGAGCCCGGCCCAGAGGUGCCAGCCUUCGCAGGAGCCGGUUCUCCCUGGGCGUCUCCGCUGCCACUCGCCCACCUGGGGCAGCGGCGGUAACACUGUCACCCAAAACGCCGGCGGGGAGCGGGGCUCCUGCCUUUCCGAGUUAGUCGGGAUUUCAGCGGAAUGGGAUCCCUCGGCUGUGAUCAAAUUCGCAAAUAACGCCCAAUGACUGCCUGACUGUUGAGCCCAGAGCCGUCACUCAGACCGUCCCCAACACUUCAUUAUGCAAAGUACUUAUAGAGUAAUAUCUAGGAUAAGGUGAAGAAAAAAAAAAUGCUGGAAAAAAGGUCAGGCAGCAACUGCAGAGAGAGAAUCGUCGACCUGCGAUGUGGACCGAUUCUCUUUCUGCAGACUGACUUGCUGAGAUUUUCCCCAGUUUGUUUCAGUGUCGCCUGUAAUUCCGAGCAUUGCAACGCCCACAUUUCCCCCGCUGGAGGGGUAACGGGGGCUGUUUUAUUUCGGUACACAGAGCGAAGUGGGAUUUAGCGAGGCGAGGACGGGCUGGCGGACAAACCCAACACCCUUCGAGUACGAGAGGGGAAUGGGAUACCAUCUUCGGCAAGGACUGUCUGAUUCAACCAAUGACUUAACACUUGCAAUCUCCAAGUGUUUUAUUAGCAUUUUUGUUCUUCUAAAAUAGCAUUAUCACCGCGGCUAAAAAAAAAAUAACGUUCUAAUAUUUAUUUCGUACCCGCUUUUAUAUUUGUUGGUCGUUUGUACAUUCUUAAUAUUAAAAA